GUGGACUGCAGAUAGAGAUAUAUGCAGUCACUAACCAGUUAUUCUCUAAAUUUUGAAUCUGAUGCCUUGUAGAUAUCCACAAGAUGCUGAAACUUGUAGGGAAAAUGGUGUUUACGGAGCAAGCAUGGGAGAAACAGUUGUUCAACAAUGGAGUUCUGGGGUUCCACUGUGAAGAAACAAGACAACACAGCAGUCAAACUCCAUUUGUUCACUCAAGAGCAACAAGCCUAACUGAAUCUUUAAGUUCUUCAUUCCAUCUAAAACCGCCUAAAUUUGCAAACAACUGCAGAACCAAAGUGAAGGUAUUUGCAAUAAGGAGGAGAAGGGCAUAUCGAAGUUCGGAAACUUAUGUGCUAUUGGAACCAGGACAGGAUGAGAAAUUUGUUACCGAGGAAGAGUUAAGAGCCAAGUUGAAGGGUAGGUUAGAAAACUGGCCUGGGAAAUCUCUUCCUCCCGACCUUGCGAGAUUCGACAGCAUUGAUGAUGCUGUUUCUUACCUGGUGAAGUCUGUUUGUGAACUUGAGAUCAAGGGAGAUGUUGGUUCUGUCCAAUGGUACCAAGUUCGUUUGGAGUGAUAGAAGAAUACAAGGCUAGUGUAGUUUUAAGACACUGCAAAAUGCCCAGUGGUUUUGUAAACUGAAAAGGUUGUCACUCUUAAUUUCUUCAUUUUGGGGACAAAAUCCAAAUGAUGUCUCAUUAAUGAUU